AUGCAAUCAGAGAAAGAGUUUGGAAUGCCAGACCACCACAACACCGAGCCCACCCCUUCAUCACCAACACAUGCGACUGCUUCAGCCGCCGUUCCAAAUCCUUCGCUUGACAAGGAUGGCGCAACUGAAGCCGACACCGCGCACAAGCCUUCAGUAGAUAGCACUCUUGCGCCCUCCAACCAGGAUCAAAACGCCGGCCCCACUCGCAGAGCAAAGUUCAAGGGCAUAUUCAGGAAAGAGCAUGAAGACCACGAUCAUACCGGCUUGGACUCCCCCGAAGGCGAGGAACUAUCCUUGGAAGAGCGCAAGAAGAAGGCUUUCAAGAGGAAGAUUCCCGUUGGCGCUCAGAUUCGCUUUGUCUUGUUUGGAGCCUGGAUCAACGUCCUCCUCAUCAUGGUACCCGUUGGUUUUGCCGUGUACUAUGCUAGGCUCAAACCUGUGCCCGUCUUCAUCAUCAACUUCAUUGCCAUCAUCCCACUCGCCGCCAUGCUGAGCAAUGCCACCGAAGAACUGGCCAUUCGAGUUGGAGAAACUCUUGGAGGUCUUCUCAACGCCACUUUUGGAAAUGCUGUCGAACUCAUUGUCUCCGUCCAAGCCCUGCUCAAGAACGAAAUCACCAUUGUCAAAACCUCGCUCAUCGGCAGUAUGUUGUCCAACCUGCUGCUUGUCUUGGGUAUGUCCUUCUUUCUCGGAGGUAUCAACCGCGUGGAACAGUUCUUCAACGUGACUGUAGCUCAGACAGCAGCAUCGCUGCUUGCUCUCUGUAUCGCAUCCCUCAUCAUUCCGACUGUGUUCCACAACACAAUUGCCGAAGAUGACGCAGUCGCACACGACGGCCGCGAAGAUGCUGUCAGGAACCAGGAGCUAUCUCACGGAACUGCCGUCAUUCUUCUCCUCGUCUACGCUUGCUACCUCGCUUUCCAGUUGAAGACACACUCCACCAUGUACAACGAGCCCAGUCAAAAGGUGCCCAAGCGCAAGUCCGGCAAGAAGGAAGAAGGUGAUGCAUCGCGCGGCAUUGCAGCCAUUGGUGCUGGUACUGCCGCAGCGUCUGGAGGCGGCGUCAACAUGACUACACUUUUCAAGAACCCAAACUCGGACGAGGAGGACGACGAAGAUGAAUUCGAAGAGCCAUCGCUUUCUGUCAUUGGGGCUCUCAUCACUCUCGCCAUCUCUACUACCCUUGUUGCUUUCUGUUCGGAAUUCAUGGUCUCCAGUAUCGAUGGUCUUACUGCCACUGGUCAUGUCUCCACCACUUUCGUUGGUCUUAUCCUGCUUCCCAUUGUGGGUAACGCCGCCGAGCACGCCACUGCGGUCACCGUCGCCAUCAAGGAUAAGAUGGAUCUCUCCAUUGGUGUUGCUGUCGGUUCCAGCAUGCAGAUUGCGCUUCUUGUUUUCCCUCUGAUCGUCAUUCUUGGAUGGAUCUUGGGCAAGGACUGCAUGACGCUUUACUUCGACACUUUCCAGAUCGCUACAUUGUUCGUCUCAGUGUUGCUUGUAAACUACCUCAUCCAAGACGGAAAGUCACAUUGGCUUGAAGGCAUUUUACUCAUGGCGAGCUAUGUCAUUAUUGCUCUUGCAGCCUGGUUCUACCCCAACCUCGAUGAGGAGCAGUGCUAG